AGACAGAUAGCCGUGAUAACGAUGGCGCUUGCUCGUGCCGUCGCUCUUCGCUCCGACUGGCAGAUCCUUGACCUGUAGAGAUUGACCGUGAGUUAGGUUAAUUAGAAAUUCGAGUCGCAUUGCGAACGUAGUAGUGAAUAUACAGUUACGCAUGGAAACGGGAGAGCCCAUUGAGAGAACAGCAUCGUCAUAUCAGCCCACCUCCAGCUCGCCACAGAAAGCUCGCUCGCUCCGGGAACCCAGCUCACGCCAUGGAGACUGCAUCACCCCACGAAACAGCUGCCUCGCUCGUCGAGAUGCUCAACACCAAGGGACAAGGCGACUAUAUCGGCGAACCUAUCAGUCAGCUUGCACACAGUUUGCAAGCUGCGCACUUGGCCCGGACAAAUUCGGAUGACGAGGAGUUAAUCAUCGCUGCACUGCUUCACGACAUCGGCCAGUUCUUGCCAGCCGACGAAAUCAAGAGACUCGCGCACAAUGUCUGCGAGAUGGACGCACAAGGUGGCAGCGUAGGCAGGGUCGGGCACGAGCGUAUUGGUGAUGCAUACCUCGUGCGCCUGGGCUUCAGCCGUCGAGUGGGAGCCUUGGUUGCUUCUCAUGUUCCGGCGAAGCGGUAUCUCUGCGCGGUCGAUCCUGCGUACCAUGCCACAUUGUCCGAAGCAAGUCAGGCUUCAUUGCGUUAUCAGGGUGGCCCGAUGUCAGGCACUGAGCUGCAGGAGUGGGCUGGCAACCCAUGGUGUACUGAUAUGUGUCGGAUGAGGAAGUGGGAUGAUGCUGCGAAGGUGGUUGGCCUAGACGUGCCUCCAGCCGAGGCAUAUCUUGGCAUGAUAGAGCGUCAUCUGGCCAGGGAGAAUGUAGAGCAGUAAUUAGACAGUCCCAAUUGCAUAGCCUACUCCGAGGUUCUGAUACGCCAUAAUACCCACAGCAGCCUGUGCGAUGCGGACGCGAUUCGGCGAUACCGAGUUCUUAGCCAUCGCAUAUGACAUAUGGUCCAAUUCUCGGUCCUUGUUGUAUAGUGGCGCAAUGUUCUAUGGUACCUGUAGUUCUCUACUAUGGGUGGGAUGCAAGUUCAAAUCCAGCAGAAGAUUCAAGAGCAGGCACCCUUCGCAUUACCACUCUACACGAACAAGCUCGCCAUUGAGGCUUCCCAGUAACGAACGCAGUGCAAACAAAACUA